AUGUCAGGGAAAGAAAAGGAAAUGGUGGCGACGGCAGGGGCCGAAGCGACGCCGUCGAACCCGCGCGGGAUACCAAAGGCGCCGUUUGUCGACAAUGUCGAGGACUACGUCGCGAGCCGAGCCGACGUCGAGGCCACCCUCCAGCGCUUCCAGGAGAUGAUCUCCAAGUACCAAUUCAUGGAGCUCAACCUACAGCGGCGGGUGGCCGGGCUCAGGGGCAAGCUGCCCGACAUCGAAAAGACGCUGGAGACGGUGCGGUUCCUGAAGCUGCGCAAGGAGGGCGACGACCCGAUCGAGACGACGUUCGAGCUCAACGACACUCUAUACACAAAAGCCGAGAUCCCACCGACGGACGAGGUUUUCCUGUGGCUGGGGGCCAACGUUAUGCUGUCGUAUCCGAUAGCGGAGGCGGAGGAGCUUCUGGUGUCCAAGGAGAAGGCGGCGAAGCAAAGCCUGUCAAACUGCGAGGAGGAUCUAGAGUUCUUGAGGGAACAGAUUACGACCAUGGAGGUUGCCAUAGCAAGAGUGUACAACUGGGAUGUUGUACAGAAGCGCAAAGAGAAGGCCGAGGAGGAGAAAGCCAUGAGUUCCGAGAAGGAAAAGACGGUACCCAAAAAGGCAAGUGUUGAGGAUGAUGGUUGA